CCUCCGUCCCCGCAAGAUGUCUUGCUACGACCUGUGCCCCACCACCAGCUGCGGCAUCGCCCGUCCCCAGCCCGUCGCUGACAGCUGCAACGAGCCGUGUGUCCGGCAGUGCCCUGACUCCACGACCGUGAUCCAGCCGCCCCCCGUGGUCGUCACCCUCCCCGGCCCCAUCCUCAGCUCCUUCCCCCAGGAUUCAGCUGUGGGCUCCUCCGGAGCUCCAGUCCUUGCAGGCCCCCUGGGCUAUGGGGGCUCCUCCCUGGGCUAUGGGGGCUUGUAUGGCUAUGGGGGCUCCUCCCUGGGCUAUGGGGGCCUGUAUGGCUAUGGGGGCUCCUCCCUGGGCUAUGGGGGUCUGUAUGGCUAUGGGGGUCUGUACGGCUAUGGGGGUCUGUACGGCUAUGGGGGCUCCCUGGGCUAUGGGGGCCUCUAUGGCUGUGGGAGCUCCCUGGGUUACAGGGGUCUGUACGGCUAUGGAAGAUCCUACGGGGCUGGAUACUGCAGCCCUUACUCCUACCGGUACAGCAGGUACCUCCGGGGAAGCUGCGGGCCGUGCUAAACCCUGCACAAAUAGCUCCUGAGCGAGGAAUAGCCGGCAAAUGAGAGAUACAAUCCUCAUCCACAACUGAAGUCCCGAGUAAAGGGCAGAGCAUCAAGAAUUACCACUUAAUGCAGUGGUGUUAGAGGUGUUCAGCAAAUCCUACGUUCUCACUUCUGUUUUAACUUCUCCUCUUGUUCCUUCUCAUUUACGCUGCAUCUGCUCCUCCGUGCUCCCGGCAGUGGCCAGCUGUGUAGCAGCACCAUCGUCCCCGGGGCCUUCUGCUCCCCCCGCAGCAGCCGCCGCGUGGGAGAAGCUGGAAGCCGUGCCUUGGUGCGAGCCCGAGCCGACCAGCUGCCUGGCUGGGCCUUGUAGUUUGUCUGUCUCCAGUCUGCCCUUUCAUCCCGUUGCAAUAAAACGAGUCUGCAGCCAA